UUUUCUAUUUACUCCACAUAACAAGAAAACAAAGUUCAUAUAUUUCUUGCAAAGUUUUUUUCUCCUCUCGACAAAAUUUCUUAUUUUUGUCCACAAAAUCUCCUCUCGUGUCCUCUCUCUUUCUCUCUCUCUCUCUCUCCCUCAUGGCUUCUUCUUCAAAUAAUGAUUUCGACCAAAAUGAUGACGACAGAUUUGACGAAAUCUUUGAUCAAAAAUAUGACACUAUCUACAACAAAAUGCUGGAACGUCAAGCAAAAAAAAAAACAAAGAAGAAACGAAUCUAUAUUGAAAGAGAACGCGAAGAAGGACAACUUCGUUUAUGGAACGACUAUUUCAGUGAAACUCCAACAUAUCCGCCCAAUUUAUUUCGACGUCGUUUCAGAAUGAACAAGCCGUUGUUCAUGCAUAUUGUUGAUAGACUCUCCACCGAAGUUUCAUUUUUUCAACAAACAAGAGAUGCCACCGGAAGGCUUAGUCUUUCUGGACUACAAAAAUGUACAGCAGCUAUUCGAAUGAUGGCAUAUGGUUGUGCGGCUGAUGCGGUUGACGAAUAUCUUCGGAUAGGUGAAAGUACUGCAAUUUCUUGCUUGGAAAAUUUUGUAGAAGCAAUCAUAAAUUUGUUCGGAGAUGAGUACCUGAGAAGACCAACAGCAGAAGAUCUUCAACGACUACUCGAUAUUGGAGAGAUACGUGGAUUUCCUGGUAUGAUAGGAAGCAUUGACUGUAUGCAUUGGGAGUGGAAGAAUUGCCCCACCGCUUGGAAAGGACAAUAUACACGUGGAUUAGGGAAACCGACAAUCGUUUUAGAGGCUGUAGCGUCACAGGAUCUUUGGAUAUGGCACGCCUUUUUUGGACCUCCAGGUACCUUAAACGAUUUAAAUGUUCUUGAUCGCUCACCAGUUUUUGAUGAUAUAUUAUAUGGUCGAGCUCCAAAAGUGAACUACAUGGUCAACGGACGUGAGUAUCAUUUGGCGUACUAUCUCACAGACGGUAUAUAUCCAAAAUGGGCAACUUUUAUCCAGUCGAUUCGUCUUCCUCAAACUCCGAAACCAUCAUUAUUUGCUACAUAUCAAGAAGCCGUUCGAAAAGAUGUAGAGCGUGCUUUUGGAGUCUUACAAGCUCGAUUUGCCAUUGUGAAAAACCCAGCUCUUGUUUGGGAUAAGGUAAAAAUAGGAAAAAUUAUGAGAGCGUGUAUCAUACUCCACAAUAUGAUAGUAGAAAACGAACGUGAUGGAUACACUCAGUUUGAUGUAUCAAUAUUUGAGCAAGGAGAAGGAAGCAGAACUUCACAAGUGGAUAUGACGUAUUCUACUGACAUGCCUACAAAUAUAGGAAAUUUGAUCGGCAUUCGAAAUCAAGUUCGUGAUAAGAAAAUACAUGAACAAUUAAAAUCCGAUUUGGUUGAACACAUAUGGCACAAAUUUGGUAACUCUCAAAAUUUCAACUAAACAUUGUAUUAUUUCAAUAUAUGUAUUAUUUUGUAUGUUUUGUAUUUCAAGUAAUGUAAUAUAAAUUUUGUUUUUUAUA